UCUUACUCUUGUUCUUUGGCGUUUGAGAGAGAUCCAUUUCUGAAAAGAAGCCACGCAUCUGCCAACAGCACCACCACUUUGAAAAUCUUUUGCCAACACAACUUCUCUCUGUGCCCGCAGCGAACGGAAUCAAAUUGAAAACCGCACUAGGGAUUGAGAUGAAUGGUGCUUCCUCAUCCGGUGGUGUAAGAGCUGCUUUAUCCUAUUGUGUGCAGCAAGUACGAAGUUAUGAUUAUCAUCACUACCUUUGCCUUCUUGAACUUCCUACAAACAUGCGGAAGGCUGCAUUUGCGCUCCGAGCUUUCAAUGUGGAGACGUCCCGAGCUAUGGACGUUGCUUCUGACCCCAGAAUUGGUCUUAUGCGCUUGCUUUGGUGGCAAGAAGCUUUGGACAAGAUCUAUUCCAACCAGGUAAUUGAGCAUCCAGUAGCUCAGGCCCUUACUUCUGUCGUAUCUGAGCACAAGGUUAGCAAAAGUUGGCUGAAACGAGCUGUGGAAGCUCGAAUAAAUGAUGCAAAACGAGAAAGUAAUGAAAUUCCACAAACUGUUGAUGAAUUGGAGCGAUAUGCUGAGGACACAGCAUCAACUAUUUUGUACUCUACACUUCAAGCAGGUGGUAUAAAAUCCACAACAGCAGACCAUGCUGCUUCACAUAUUGGUAAGGCGAGUGGCCUUCUUUUGCUGCUUAAAUCACUCCCAUACCAUGCUAGUCGAAACCAUCAGUUUUCAUAUAUACCAGCCAAGGUGGCUGAGAAACAUGGAUUGUUGAUUCACCAAAGUGGUCAGUCAGAGAUCAGAAAGGACUCGCGUGAGGCCCUUUGUGAUGCAGUGUUUGAAAUGGCGUCUGUUGCUAAUUCACAUCUGCAGAAGGCUCGAGAAUUGGCUGGAAGUGUGCCAGCUGAAGCUUUUCCCGUGCUUUUGUCUGCUGUGCCUGCCCAGGUCAUAUUAGAUUCUUUGGCUAGGGUGCAGUUUGAUAUAUACGAUCCACGGCUGGCACGUGGAAUCUUAGGAGUUCCCCCUUUGUUGUUUCAGUUGAAACUGAAAUGGUUUUCAUGGAGGGGUAAAUACUGACAUUACCUUUAUGCCUCUGUUAGCUCUUUUAGCGUUGGUCGUCCGCCAUUGUUUUCUGGUGCUAGCAGAUCAACGUCUAAAGCGUGGAUGAAUAUUCAUCCCUUUGUAGAAUAUGCAUCUUAAGCAAGUUUAAUAUCUAUGCUAACCAGUGAAGACAGUAACUGGUAUUACAGGUACGAAUUUUUGACGAGUAAUUGAAUUCUCACAUGGAUAAAUGUGAUUCUGCGGUUGGUAUUUCUGGUGUUUCAUCCUUACACAUAAAGAGGAAACUUCAAGUGUUAAAAUAAAUUUCUGAGAGUACUCUGUCUGGUUUGACAUUCUCAUGUUCACUCUGGAUUGCUGUUUGCUAGUUUGUUGGCACCAUAUUACUUUCGUAGUUUGGAAGUAGUGGAGAAUUUAAUCAUAAUCUGUUUCUUUUACUUUCUUUUAACUAUGUUGCUCGGACUCUCCAGAAAUGUCCCCGAGUGCAUGUCGAAUCCUCCAAAAGUAGUGCAUUUUUGGAGGAUCCGACACAGGUGCAACAACAUUUUGGAGAGUUCGCGCAACAUAGUCGUUUAAUGCAUAGCCAGAAACUUGUGGAGAGGCAACGAAUCGGAUUCGGUACGCCAUGUCUACUAACCAUUUGCACACUGUUUCUUUUCAAUGUUCUCUCUCUGUCAUCUUAAUCUUGAGAUAAUGAGUUGUUUCCAGGCCUAUUCUACCAUAUUUGGUCAUAAACCUUGUUAAGUGUAAUGCAUUGUAAUAAAGCUUCAAGUCCUUUUCAACUC